UUUUGCUUGUUGGCAAUGGCCCUUUUUCCCUCCCCUCACCUUUAUCCGAUACAGCACAUUCCAUCGAGUAACCCAGUUCUCCAGAAAUCGUCUGACAGCGGGGGGAGCUCCGGGAUGUACGAGCCGACAGGACCAGAGAUUGUUCCUUUCAAGUGCAAGAAGACGUACGUCGCUCCGCAUAAGAUCUUUCCGGGAAGAAUUCACUUUUUUGAAUUCGAUGAAAACAUUUAUGGAUUGCCGGGAAUUCAGAGACCUCUCAGACCUUCGGGCAUUUGGGAGAAAAGUCUCUACAGGCCAGCCAGCAGGCCGGUGUGCGGUGGUGAGACAGGGACUGGUGAAUGCAAACUUUUUAGUCAGAGCUUUGGGUAUGGUGAACGGGGCUCCGGUUUCCGUCCGAAAGGAGAAAUUCAGGACUUCCAAAAGAUCCGGGAUCGAUGUCUCCAGAAUGGUACCCUUUUCGAAGAUCCGGAAUUUCCGGCCACGGACUCGUCCAUCUACUAUAGCAGGAGCUGCCACGGUGCCAUUGAAUGGUUGCGACCCUCCGAAAUCUGCAGUAAUCCUCGCCUCUUUGUGGAAGGUGCAACCAGGUUUGAUGUCGUCCAAGGCGAACUCGGUGAUUGCUGGCUGCUGGCGGCUGUGGCCAACUUGACCCUCAAUGACUCCCUCUUCUAUCGUGUUGUACCCAAUGAUCAGUCAUUUAUCAGUGAUUACGCCGGAGUGUUCCAUUUUCGCUUCUGGCAGUACGGACGGUGGGUAGACAUUGUGGUGGACGAUAGGCUUCCCACCUGCGAUGGAAGGCUUGUCUUCAUGCACUCUAAGCAUCAUAACGAAUUCUGGAGCGCCCUGCUUGAGAAGGCAUACGCAAAACUGCACGGGAGCUACGAAGCUUUGAAAGGAGGGACGGCAUGUGAAGCCAUGGAGGAUUUCACUGGUGGCGUAACUGAAGUCUACGAACUGGACAAGGCUCCUUCUAACUUCUAUCGUAUACUCCACAAGGCUUUUGAGAGGUGGUCGCUGAUGAGUUGCUCCAUAGAGCCAGAUCCAAAUGUACUUGAGAUGGAAAUGCCAAAUGGUUUGAUCAAGGGGCAUGCUUACAGCAUCACUAAAGUUAAAUUGAUGGAGGUGCAGACUCCUCGUUUGAGGGGCAAGAUCCCGCUACUGAGGGUUCGCAAUCCGUGGGGGAACGAGUGUGAGUGGCGAGGAGCCUGGAGUGAUCGAUCCCCCGAAUGGUCACUUAUUACACCAGAAGAGAAAGAGGCCCUGGGCUUGAGAUUCGAUGCCGAUGGGGAAUUCUGGAUAUCAUACAAAGACUUUAUGGAAAACUUCCACCGAGUUGAAAUUUGUAAUUUAAACCCCGAUUCAUUAGAUGAUGAACCGUUGACCAAGUCUUCCAAGAAAAAGUGGGAGAUGAGCAUGUUUGAAGGAUCGUGGGUCAAGAACUGCACAGCCGGCGGAUGCAGGAAUUUCAUUGAUACAUUUUGGAUGAAUCCUCAGUUCCGCAUCAUCCUGGAGGACGUGGAUGAGGACGACGACGACGACCUCUGCACCGUGAUUGUGGCGCUGAUGCAGAAAAACCGACGCUGUAACAGGAAGAUGGGGCAGGAGUGCCUCACCAUCGGUUUUGCCGUCUACCUGCUGAAGAACCCCGACCGUCUUCCGAAACCCCUUCCAAAAGUGUUCUUCCAACACAACGCGUCCGUGGCGCGGUCCAACACCUUCAUCAACCUGCGGGAAGUGAGCUGCCGCUUCAAGCUGCCCCCGGGCACCUACUGCAUCGUCCCGUCCACCUUCGAUCCGGGAGAGGAAGGAGACUUCGUGCUCAGGGUCUUCACGGAAAAGAGGAACAAUAUGACAGAGUAUGAUCAAGAUAUUGGGCUCACUAAACCUGAUGAAGAGCAAGCCAAAAAACCAAUAGAUGAUAUCACUUUGUAUCCAGUACCACUCACCGUCCAAGUCCAAGAGACAGAAGAGGAGAAGAGCAAGGACCAAGAGGUGAAAGACUUCUUCGCCUCUAUCGCGGGUGAAGAUCUCGAAGUAGACUGCUACGAACUUCAGGAAAUUCUAAAUUUCGCCCUUAAAAAAGAAUUCACAUUCGAUGGAUUUUCUUUGGAUGUUUGUAGAAGUAUGGUGGCGAUGAUGGAUGUCGAUAGAUCUGGAAAAUUAGGUUUAGAAGAAUUUAAAAAUUUGUGGGCAGACAUCAGAACUUGGAAGAACGUAUUCAAGCGAUAUGAUAUCGACCAUUCCGGAUCUCUGAAUACCAUAGAAUUGAGAGCUGCUCUACAUUCGGCUGGUUACCGUCUGAAUUUCCAUGUUCUCCGAGCUUUAGUUCUUCGUUACGGAAAGAAAGGGAAAAUCAAUUUUGAUGACUUCAUCAUGUGCGCUGUUAAGCUAAAAACAAUGAUCGAAACUUUCCAAGAAAGAGAUCCCCGCAAGACGAUGAUGGCAACUUUCACACUUGACGAGUGGGUUGAAAAGACUAUGUACAGCUGAACAAACUUAAGAUCUGAAAAAGAAAUUCUGACACUCCUUAGUUUGACCUAAUUACUGGUGCUUCCCUCAACGAUGCAGUAUUAGAAAUCCACCAAAGUACGUCUUUUCUUCAAUAGUGUGCAGUCAUUUGAAAGUAUAUGAAAUGUCAACUCAUUUUACAAUAGAAUCUUUGGAUUUAUUACAUGUUGUUCAUUCAAUUUCCCAAUAUUUCCAUCCCGAAAAUGCAUGCUUUCUGUGAUUUCAAAUGUAUAUCUAUGCUUAAAUUAUUUUUAAUUAUACAGAUUUGUUAAAAUUUCUUUAAGAUAAAUAUAGAAUAAUUUUUUAACAGAAAAUUAAAUGCAGUUUUAAAAUAAUAUUACCUACUGAAUACAAUCAUUAGUGCUUAUAUUUAAAAUUAGUCCAGUUUAAAAGCUCUAUUAAGUGAUUCUUAACCCAAAUGAUGCCUUACUGAUAAAUAAAAUUUUGAAAUAAAAAAAAAUAUUUUAAUAUACAAAAUUUUUUUUCAUUAUUAGUAAAUAGGAAGAUUACACAGAAAAAAUAUAAAAUUAGCAAAUUCAGUAAUAUUUUUUCCAAGAAUAAGACUGUACUAUUAUUUUUUAGAAUAUAUAUAUACCUAUUAAUGGAUAAGAUAUAUGUAAUUAUGAUAGUGCCUUGCCAAGAUUUCUGUUUUGCAGAGCUAUUUUAUCCUCUCGUUACUGCCAAAAUGCAUGGAGAGCAUGUUUUCUAUUUCUACUUAAAAACAAUGUAAUACCUACAGAAAUUGUACAAUAUUAACUUUGCCACUGUCUUGCAAGAAUUUGUAAUCUAUAAUGUUGUAUGUUUAUUUUAAAUGUGAUUUUUUUUGUCCAUCUUAUUACAUACUUUUUGUGUCUUUAAAUGUUUGUAAAUCUUUACAUGUUUCUUUCAUUUAGAGAAUAAAUUUAAUUUUUAACA